AUGCGCGCCCUUCGCCUCCUGACCCGCCUCCUGGCCGCCGGCGCCUCGAGCGCCUCCGCGCCCCUCCCCAAGCCCUCCCCCGCCUUUGAUCAAAUCCGCGUCCUUCUUGGCCGAUGGCCAGCCCCGCGUGACCCUUCCCCGAUACGCAAUUUCACGGCCAGGUCGUAUUUCCGGUCGGCGGGCUACCACCGAGGCUACUGGGGCAGUGGCAACGAUGUCCUCUACGGGCUGCUGGGAGCGAACGUGGCCGUGUUUUUCUUGUGGAGGGUGGAUCCCUACUUUAUGAAGCGGCACUUCACGUGCUCCCUGGGCGCCCUCGAGGCGGGCCGGCUGCACACCUUUGUCACCAGUUGCUUUUCACACAUCGAGUUGGGGCACCUGGCUGCCAACAUGCUGGGGCUGUAUUUCUUUGGCAGGAAUGUGGCAGCCUACUUUGGCCCAAGGCAGUUGUUGAACCUGUACAUGGCUGGUGGGGUCCUAUCCAUGAUGGCAGAUGUUGGGCUUCAAGCCUACAACAACAGAGGUAUGGCAGAGCUCAUUUAUCACACUGCAUGA